AUGGGCAACGAAGGGAAGCGGCCCGUAGGCAGCAUCAGGAGGAUGAAGGCCAUGGCUCGAGUAAAGAUUGUCGCCCGUAGGCAGUAUGAGCGCAGAGUGCGACAGCGUAUAAAAGAGCCCGCAGAGCCUUCCCAUGCUCAAGACCCAGCUCUAGAGCCAGCUAUAGCUCAGUCCUCAUCAGCCAAUACCAGACUACAGUCUUCUGCUUUUGCAUCAUCUUCUUCUGAUAAGGCUGAGCAUGUACUACCUCCUUCACCACCACCAACAAUGCCAGGCCAGAUCCGAGACAGACCUAGCAGGAGAUAUACAUGCCUUCAGAACCUCCGGCCGGCCCCAAGUAACUUAUCGGAGCAGCGGAUUACUAUUGAUGGCCAUUUCAUCCGCAUUACUGUUGAGUCAUUGGCUACAUCUUCUCGAUGCCUACAUGUCUGUCCUCCCGGCCUUUAUUAUCCUAUUCUCAGGUGGCCAUCUGACGCAGAUAUAGCUGUUGCACUGACUAGCCGUUACAGUGAUGGUGAGACAUUAGCCACUUGGACUUAUCUGCCCGACGAUUUAUGCCAGUCUAUUGGGCCUGAUAAUGUGAUGUACAUUCCAAUUAUCCAAGAAGGCCAAAGGAAAAAGUAUUGUGGUUCCUCCGCCUUCCAAGAGAACAAGAAUGACGAUUUACAUCCGGGAACCAUAAGAGGGUUCGAAUUCUCCAGGGAUGAUCCUACCUCUCCUAUGAGUUUUAGCUCACCUUCUACUAAGGUACUAGCUAGGUAUCCUUCAGUUUCUGACAUUGGGAAAGUAGAGUUUGCUAGAGAACACUUCUACAAUAACCAUGCGUGGAAGGUGUACAAUAAAAUGUAUAUAGACGGUCCGAUAAAGUCGGAACGGAAUGUGACUUUGAAGAAGCUAAGAGAUAGUCCGGGUAAAAAACUUGUUAACUACAUCGAGAAGAAUAACUGGCUUUUCUUCACAAAGAUGGAGCAUACCUACAGCCCAGACAUGGAACAUUACUUCUAUACAAAUAUUAGAAAGGUUUAUGAUUUUAGAUAUUUUGAGCAAUUUGAGAUUAUGAUUCCACCCAGAGCUCAUCACAUUGAAAUUAUGCCUGAGAUGGAUCUUCGGGCUUUUAAUAAGCCUAAAUCCGCCAAGGCUACAGCUAGGAAAAAUCAAAAGGCCAUGCUUGAUGCUAUUUUUAAUUUAAAGGCUGAGGUUAGAUUUCUUAGAGAGCAAAGGACUAGUAGUACAUCAAAGGAUGUCUGCAGACAAACCCCUCCAGAACCGUCAUUAAAUGUUGAGGUUGAGAGGGAGGAGGAUGAAACAGAUGAUGAUGUUGAGGAUGAUGAGGAUGGUAUUAGUAGUGACAGUGAUGGUAGUGAUGAUGAGGAUAUACCGACUACUACUAUUCCAUUUACUAGAGAAGUUGAUGCUUGA